CCAUUGUGAAUGAUUCGUUUAGUUUGUUUUGUUUUGCAGAUAAAUCAACAGCAUUUCAUUAUUAGAAAAAUAAAUUAAUAUAUCCCUUUAAAAUGAAAAUAACACGCAAUAAAAAGUCCCACAAGACUCUUAUGUUCUACACCACACAUUUCCAAUACCAUGAACCCUAUCAGGUGCUAAUUGAUGCCACAUUUUGUCAAGCUGCUCUUAAGAAUAAAGUCAUCAUUGAGGAACAAUUGAAGAAAUACUUCCAAUCCCAAGUGAAGUUGUUAACCACACAAUGCAUUAUCUUGGAGGCGGAAUCAUUGGGGCCCCCAUUGACAGGAGCCACACAAAUUGUUAAGCAAUUUUUCGUACACAAAUGCGGGCAUGAGGGCAAGGCUGUCACCGCAGCGGAAUGUAUCAAACAAAUGACCAAAGACUCCCGUUACAUCGUUGCCUCCCAGGAUCGUAACCUCCAGGCCAGUCUACGUAAAGUUCCCGGCCGUUGUUUACUCUAUCUGCACAAAGCUGCCCCUGUCCUAGAGGCACCAUCGGAUGCCUCCAAAAAAUGGGUCGACAAAAAAGCCAGAAAUCUUUUGCCCGCCGAAGCUGAGAAGAAAAUUGAAUUUUUGAAAAAGAAGGAAGGCCUGAUUGCCAACAAUACAGAUGCCAAGGCACCGCGUAAACAUAAAGGACCGAAAAAUCCCAACCCUCUGUCAUGUAAAAAGAGUAAAAAAGAAAAACAAAUGCAAAAGUCACAAACAAAAGCACAGCACCAGCAACCGGCCAAGGAACAUAAAUUUGCGGAAACAAGUAAAACUCCCAUGAAACCGAAGAGAAAAAGGGUCAAAAUUCCGGCACAUGUUAAAGAGGUUUUGAAAAAUAAAAACUCAAGUUGAUUGGAAACUUAAAA